UUGCAGGUUGGUGUGGCCAAAGCCCUCUAUGACAACGAAGCCGAGUGGGCAGACGAACUCGCGUUCGAAAAAGACGAAAUUCUGCGUGUUCUUGACGAACAACCUAGUGAGUUAUCAUCAUUACCUCUUUAA